CUUUAGGCAAUCCGUGGAAUCAACAUGGCACCGCUGUGAAGCACAGGUAGGAUCUUUCUCUUAGCUUGGUGAAAGACUGUCGACAACGACAACAUCAUCAAAGAAUACAACGAGUACCAAAAUAUGGCAGUCGUUGUUGAACAGACGAUACCCUUCUCCUCAUCUACUCUCGAUCUUGAGAAUGCAACACGCUGGAACACACUGCUUCCCCUCAUCCGACCUUCAAUAAAGACCGUCCAGACCCAGAAAGGCCAGCACAUCCUUGUAGACACAGCCAAGGCAGAAGGCAAAUAUGUUCACGUAGUUGCAGUCGGCACAUCAGGAAACUUCUCGAGCAAGCUGUUGGACGACAAAUAUGUGACAGCUAUUAUCACUCAGGAGAGAGGCGCUGGCGUUCUGCACGCCACAGAUCUGCCGCAUGCACUACAAUCCGCUGGUAUCCAGGUAUCACAAGGAGUUGUCGUGGUCCGAGGUGGCAAGCAGAAGAACGUGGAAGCACAUCAACCUGAUGUGUUGGAGAUUGAGCUGAGUUCCGAAUUGGAACAAGACCAUGUAUUGCACCUCUUAGCACAUGCUACCGAGACCACGCGCAGCAACCCUCACCAUAUUUCGGAUCUGCUGAAGGCUUUUGUCAAGGAUGCAAGCACGGCACAUUCGAAAUUCCAUACCGAAAAGGCAGAAGGCAACCCGGCUGUUCUGCAUGUGGAUGGUGCACAAGCCUUUGAAAAGGCAAAGCAUGCUGUUGAAAGGGAUCUGAAGCACGUCCUCAAGGACCAUGGCUCACCAGGAGAAGAGACUGUUUACUCAGUGCAUUAUUCAGAUGUGAACGGCUUGAGUAGGUUGGAGAACUACAUCAUUGCAGGCGAGAUCGCGAACUACCUGAGCUCUCAAAAGCUGCACUACACCCUCUCUCACUCCACAAUCCUCAACCACACCGACCAAGCCCGCGGCUUCUCCAUCUCGAUCUGCCCGCUGCCCAAACACUUCCUCUCCCCUCAACCCUCUCCCCAACCCCACAAACCCAUCGGCGCCACAGCCUCCUCCGACCCCGACGCCCUCAAGAAAACCCUCUCACCCUCCCAAUCCAAGAUCACCUUCAGCGACUCCACAAUCCGCUCCCGCAUCACCUCAGCCUGCAACGCCGUCAUCACCGCCGAACCCACCAUAACCGAAUACGACACCAUUGUCGGCGACGGCGACUGCGGCUACACCCUCCGCGACGGAGCAAAACAAGUCCUAACCUUCAUCUCCGACAAAGAUCUCUCUCGACUUCCGGAAACAUUAGCAGAUCUAGUUUCAGAACUCGAAGUCAAUAUGGGCGGAACAUCUGGAGCUCUAUAUUGUAUUUUCUUAACAGCUUUGGCGUCAGCUUUGGCGUCGAGUUUGGCGAGUGAGGAGAGUGUGGCGAAAGCGUUGGAGAAGGCUUUGGGCGAGUUGUGUAAGUAUACGAAUGCGAGGGUGGGGGAUAGGACGAUGAUGGAUGCGCUGAUUCCUUUUGUGGAGACUUUGGCGGGUGGAGGUGAGGUUGGGAAGGCGUUGGAGAAGGCGAAGGAAGGGGUUGAGGGGACGAAGAAGAUGGAGGCGAAGUUGGGAAGGAGUACGUAUUUGGAUGAGAGUGCGACGAGGGGUGUGCCGGAUCCGGGAGCGUAUGGGUUGUUGGUUUUGUUGGAGGGAAUGGUGGGUGCGAAAGAGUAGUUCGUUGGUUGUCAUGUCGAUUCAAUAAUUUCGUCUAUCGCUAACAGGAUAUGUAACACAAAAGAGCAAUCCGAUUCUUCCGCAGUAUCAUACAUCCACCUUCUCAUCAUCGCUACCACUGUCGCUCGAGGCAGACUUGGUUGCAGUACCCUGUUGCUCUUUUGGGAAGCACCAACCAGGAUGCCAAAUGUUCAAGACCACCGCUGCGAUCGCGCACGUCACGCUGUCCAAGCCAAUGAAGAGUCCUUCGUUGCGAAGAAUCUUGUUGUCCUCGCUCCAUCCACUCGACAGCUCGGCGAGUCGAUAAGCGCAUCUGAUCAGGAUGCAUGUGUAUGAGAGGCAGAGUGCGAGACAGAAAAGCUUGAAGCGAAUCGAGUUCCGAAGGACCGCUGUUUCAGUGUUGAGCCGAUAGAGGUUGCGCCUCACGGCCCAGGCAUAGUCGGCGACGAGUGCGGCAAAGGCGACCAUUGUCACGACUUGCAAUGCCAGACCAGAGAUCAUGAUGUUGUCGCCUAUUUUCAGAACACUUU